UCACCUCUGAACAGAAGCCCACCCUCCACCCCUGACACCAUGACCCACUGUUGCUCCCCUUGCUGUCAGCCUACAUGCUGCAGGACCACCUGCUGCAGGACUACCUGCUGGCAGCCCACGAUUGUAACCACCUGCAGCAGCACACCCUGCUGCCAGCCCUCCUGCUGUGUGUCCAGCUGCUGCCAGCCUUGCUGCCACCCAACUUGCUGUCAAAACACCUGCUGCAGGACCACCUGCUGCCAGCCCACCUGUGUGACCAGCUGUUGCCAGCCCACCUGUGUGACCAGCUGUUGCCAGCCUUCCUGCUGCAGCAUACCCUGCUACCAGCCCACCUGCUGUGGGUCCAGCUUCUGUGGCCAAACCAGCUGUGGGUCCAGCUGUGGCCAGAGCAGCUCCUGUGCACCUGUGUACUGCAGAAGAACCUGCUACCUCCCCACGAGUGUCUGCCUGCCUGGUUGCCUAAACCUGUGCUGUGGAUACAGCUGCUGCCAGCCCUGCUACUGCCCAGCCUUCUGUGUGUCCAGCUGCUGCCAGCAUUCUUGUUGCUGA